AUGGCCGAGCCCCCAGUCAAGGCCGACCCCGGCUCUGACGAGCAGGGUUUUGAUGACGCUAAUGCCAUGGAGUACACGUACCAGAACCUGUCUUCUGAUGGCUCGAACCACAUCGACCAGCUCAUCCGCAGCUCGUCUGUUGUAGAGCUCGAGGCCGGUGUCCAGGUCGGUAUUCGCCUGCUUGAGGGCCUCAAGACGGCCCUGAACGCCUACGGAGCUGGAAAUCCUCAAGCAGCCCAGUGGCUCCAGUACAUUCAACAGGUGGAGGAGACGGCCAAACCAGCUCGCACCGUGAUCGGUGUCGUUGGCGCCACCGGUGCGGGAAAGAGCAGUGUCAUCAACGCGGUCCUCGAUGAGGAGAGACUGGUCCCCACCAGCGGACUCCGAGCGUGCACUGCUUCAGCCACCGAGAUCUCGUACAACCACUCAGACGACCCGAACGAGCUGUAUCGCGCCGAAGUCGAGUUCAUCAGCGCGGAGCAAUGGUAUCGACAGCUCAACACCCAUCUGGAGGAUCUCAUCGACGGCAACGGAAACAUCUCUCGGGACUGCAACAACCCUGACACCGAGGCCGGAGUGGCAUACAGCAAGAUCAAGGCUGUCUUCCCACACAUGACAAAGGAGCAAAUCGUCAGACGCGCGAGCGACCCAGCUGCAAUGGCUCAAGAGCCCUCGAUCUGCACAGUUUUGGGCAGUGUCAGACUGCUGGGUGCCACUUCUUCCGCAGACCUCUACGACGAGUUGCAGCAAUACAUUGACAGCAAGGAGAAGACAAGCUCCCAGAUGGAGUACUGGCCUCUCAUCAAGGUAGUACGAAUCUAUUGCAAGGCUGCUGCUCUUUCUACGGGCCUUGUCCUUGUCGAUCUUCCAGGUGUGGAAGACAGCAACGCUGCAAGAUCUGCUGUCUCCGACAGCUACAUCAAGGUGUGCAAUGGUCUAUGGAUCACAGCGCGUAUUGAUCGAGCUGUCAGCGACAAGACCGCGCAGAAACUCUUCGGAAAUAGCUUCAAGAGGCAGUUGCAAUCCGACGGAGCCUUCUCUGCCAUUACUUUCAUCUGCACGAAGGCAGAUGAUAUCCUGUCAUCAGAAGUCAAGGACAGCCUGAAAAUCAAGGACGAAGUUGGAGAUUACUGGGAGCAGAUUGAGCUUCUGGACCAGAAGCGCGACAAGCUGAAUGUGCAGAUCGAAGACCUAAAGAAAGAGAAGGGCGACUGUGAGGCAAAGAUGCAUAAUCUGGACAAGAGCUUCGAAGAAUGGGAUGACCUCCGAGAAAAGCUGCCCCAUGGGCCCGUAUAUCGGCCUUCUCAGAACAGCAAGAAGCGAAAGCGCAACAUUAGCGCGGGCCGACGACGCAAGAUGCGAGGCUCUGUCAACGACCUUCCCGACUCCGACGACUCCGACGAAUCUGACGACGUGGACAAUUCCGAAGAUUCUACGGACGGAGAGGAUACUCAGGCUCCCCAGGACCAGAGGGUGCCACUGACGAAGGACGAUAUCAAGACUGAGCUGGAGAGCCUCAAGGCGCAGAAGAAGGAGACCCGCCGUUUCAAGAAGAGUCUCAGCAAGGGACUUGCACAGGCUAAGAUGGAGAGCAAGUACGUGAAGGACUGCAUCAAGGGACACUUUGUAAUGGGAAUCAAAGAACUCGACCAAGAGCUUGCCAUCGAGAAAGAUGAGGCCAAUUUCGACCCGGAGAACGAGAUCCGAAACUACGAUGAAGUCGCACGAAACCUUCCCGUUUUCUGCGUCUCAGCACACGCUUACCAGAAACUGGCUGGAAGACUUGAGAAGGAUGCAGUCCAAAUCUAUGGUUUCGCCACGCUGGACGACACCGAGAUUCCCCAGUUGCAAGAGCACGCAAAGAAGUUGACAGAGCAUGGCCGCAUAAGCACUUCCCUCCUCUUUCUCAGCGAGUUGAACCAGCUCUUGAACUCCAUGAGGCUCUGGGCUGCGACAAGUACCCGCACGGCUAUGAGCGAGAAGGAUCAGAUGGUUGACGAGAAGGUUUUGCGUGCUUGCUUCAUGAAACUUGAGAAUGCCUUUCGUCAAGCCGUUGUGGACUGCCACUCUUCUAUGAAAUACGGCCUUCAAGCGCUGCUCUACAAGGCUUUUGAUCACCUCAUUCCGGUCGCUUCUAGCAGCGCCGUUGAGACUGCGUUUGGAUGGGGUAAGCCUAGAUCUGAUGGUGGCAUGUACUGGGGAUCGUACAAAGCCACGUGCCGACGCAACGGUUCUUGGACUGGGAUCUAUGGUUCGAGAGACUUCAACGAAGAGCUGUUCGAGCCGAUUGAUAGGCGAUUGGCCGGAAGGUGGGAGAGGGCAUUCCAACACCACAUCCCUUCGGCCUUGGCAAAGUUCAUCGGAGGAUGCAAGAUGGUCCUCGAGGCAUUCCACGACGACGUGGCUACCAACGUACCGGGCGCGGCUGCGAACCCUGCUGGGCUCAACAUGCUGGGCCAGCAGAAGCGGACCUAUCAGAUGAUGCUGGACACCACCCCCAACUCCAUUGGUGCGAAGAUCACAGAAACUCAGCGAGAGGCGAACCGGGGAUUUAUCCCGGUCAUUCAAGAGGCUAUGGAGCCUGCCUACGAUGCCUGCGCGAGAGAGCGAGGCCCCGGCACCUUCGGUCGUAUGAAGUCCACCAUGGAGUCUCACGUGAACGCCACCCGCAACAACAUGUUCCGAGCGGCGUGCGACGUCGUCAGGGGACAGCUGGACGGGAUGUGCGCGGACGUCGAGCAAUGGAUGACGGUCUUCAUAAACGACCUGUUGACCAAGCUGCAGCGAGACUACCUCACCACCCUCGUCGGUGAACACGCCGAAGUCACUGCUGCGGUCCCCUGGGCCGAGCAAAUGCUGCACGGCCAGGUUUGGCCCAUCCUCGAGGAUGCCGAUUCUCGGUUCGCGCAGAUCUGCUUCCCGGCGGGUGGCGGAAUCCCCGCGGCUCCAGUGGGCUCGGAGCAGGAGGACGAAGACCUUAUUGCUCGGCAGCUGGAGGACGUUUCUGAGUCAGACACAAAGCCAGGUACAAAGCAGGAGCCGCUCUGA